AUGGCAGAAGGGACAGGGAAAUCAACAGACAGUAGUGAUAUCUGUGAAAAGUCAUCCUCUCAAAAACCUAACAUCUUGACUCCCAAAGUAGCAAAGCCACAUCGCUGUGAUAUUUGUGAUAAAACCUUUUCUGAAAAUAGCUACUUAGUUAGACACAUACGUGUACAUACAGGUGAGAAACCAUAUCACUGUGAUAUCUGUGAUAAAUCAUACUCUGAAAGAGGUCACUUGACAACUCACAAUCGUACACAUACAGGAGAAAAACCAUAUCUUUGUGAUAUUUGUGGCAAAACGUUCUAUCAAAAAUGUAACUUAACCGAACACAAGUACAUUCAUACGGGAGAGAAACCAUUUCACUGUGAUGUGUGUGAUAAAUCAUUCUCUCGUAAAAGCCACUUGACCACUCAUAAGAACAUUCAUACAGGAAAAAAGCCAUAUCACUGUGAUGUCUGUGGUAAAUCUUUCUCGGAAGGAAGUACCUUAACUAAACACAUACGUGUGCAUACAGGUGAGAAACCAUAUCACUGUGAUGAUUGUGGUAAAUCAUUCUCAGAAGGGAGUCACUUGACAGCUCACAAACGUACACAUACAGGAGAAAAGCUAUAUCUUUGUGAUAUCUGUGGCAAAACAUUCUAUCAAAAAUCUCACUUAACUGAACACAAGUACUUUCAUACAGGAGAGAAGCCAUUUCACUGUGAUUUGUGUGAUAAAUCAUUCUCUCGUAAAAGCCACUUGACCACUCAUAAGAACAUUCAUGCGGGACAAAAACCAUAUCAUUGUGAUGUCUGUGGUAAAUCUUUCUCAGAAGGAAGUACCUUAACUAAACAUAAACGUAGCCAUUCAGGAAUCAAACCUUUUAAAUGUGAUAUCUGUGGUAAAUCAUUCUCUCAGGUAGGUAGCUUAAACAGACACAAACUCAUUCAUACAGGAGACAAUCCAUAUCAUUGUGACACCUGUGGCAAAUCAUUGUCUGUUGUAACUUAACUGGACACCUGUGUAUUUGAUCAAUUAUUUUCUGAAGGGAAGUGCCUUGAAUAAUCACAUGUACACUCAGAGAAGAGAAUGUAACCCUAUCCAUGGUAAAGUAUUCUCUCAAAGCAGCCACUUAGCUACACCUGUAUAUAUUCAUACAGAAGAUUUACCAUAUAAUGUCAAAAAUCUUUCCAUAAAUCUCAUGUUAUAUAACCAUCGGUGUAUUUGUUUGACAAAGAAGAUAUAGCAAUCUUCAGACACUUUGUAUAACCAUAUCUAUGUCCACUUUAAUGCAAUAAAUUAUAACUGAUAUUUUUAAUAAAUCAUUCUUUCAGAAUA